GUCAAAUGAUGAUGGCAUUUGUUUUGCCUGAGGGCGAUUUAAAAAAUAUGCUUGGAAUGUGUUUUUUCUGUAUUAAAUAAAUGACGUGUAGGGAAAGUGCGUUAUUAGUAUUAGUUGUUUACUUGAUUUAGUGUGGGUUUGUUAGUAACAAAAGUCGAAAAUGCACCCGAGUAGGAGAAGAAAGAAACGACCUAAUUACGGCAUCAAAACCGUGGAAGUUGUUAGAGGCUCCAAUGGUUUCGGAUUCACGAUUUCGGGACAACAACCGUGCAUUUUGAGUUGUAUCGUAGCGAAUUCGCCCGCCGAUCAAGCUGGCCUGAGAGCAGGCGAUUUCUUGAUAUCUGUUAAUGGAAUAUCCGUUUCUAAAAUCGCCCACGACGCUGUUGUCAGUCUCAUCGGUAAUUGCAUCGGCCCCAUAAAGAUGACCAUCGCUGAGAAUUACUUCUCCGACAGCAGCGACGAGGAAUUGGAGUGCAGCAGAAUGGUCAAUACCAGAAAACCCAAAUACGCUCAUAAACCUAGAGUCAGAAAGGAAUUGAAUAGAGUAAAUUUUGAUUUGAAGACUAUUCCAAAACCAGUAGUCAAUAAGCUUCCCGAAAGGUUUAUUAACGCUCCGAUGGAGGAAGAAGGUGGACCAAUCGAAUACAAAGCUUUAGUAGGUUACUUGGGCACGAUCGAAAUGCCUAAACAGCUAUUACCCAACUCGAGACUCCCGACCGUCUGCAGCUGCAUCAGAAAACUGAGACAGGAAAAGAGAGUUCCCACUGCCAUACUCAUGACUAUUCUCCCGACUUGUUUGACUUUAAAGAACUCUGCUAAUCAGAUUUUAGCUAUUUAUCCCACAAACCGAGUGGUUUACGUGAGUUCUACAGCGGAUAAAGAGAGCAGGUACUUCGGUUUGGUAACAACGGCCAUCAGCGAAACGAGAGCGAACGAAACCAACGAAAACUGGAACCUCGAUAAAAAACACAACAACGAAACUGUGGAGAUAUCGAACAGUUGCCACGUGUUUGCAGUCGAUCCGAAAAUAAUCGAUCACAACAUCCAUUCGACUAAAGCAGAGAUGUUCAAAAUAGCCUGCACUAGGAAUACAGUGAACGGGCAUUGCAUGGAAUUUCCCGAAAACGCCCUAUACGUAGUCAGUUUGAUACAGAACAUGUAUAAGUUGCAAAAUAACGAGAGAAACGAGAAUUUAAGAAGCCCUUUAAUGGCCAAUUCGCCUCAACCCAGCGCUUCCAGCAAUUCGGAUUCCGGCAUAGGCUUCAGAGACGAUUGCGGCAACAUCAGCGAUAGAAUUUUAGUGGUGGAGUUUCCCCAUCACCGAUCGUUCCCGGUACACAGCCACAUCAACCGACCCUCCGGAAUAGACGCUUCGAACAUCCCUCUAGAAGGCAUCGAUAUACCUUUCCGGAACAACAAUUUACAGAAGAGCUUGUUCAAACCUAACGAUUCCAAGCAACUGAACAACUUAAACAACAUUAGAGACUGCGAAAGUAACGAUCAAGGUUACGGCAACAUAGUGCAGAAAGUCCCCACGAAGAUAUCGGACAGUUCCGACGAUAACACUCAAAACAUCGAAGUGGAAACGUACCGAGAACGGGCCAUCGAUUGCCCCGACAGCCCCCAGAAGCUCUCCCUGAAGGAAAUAGCACCGAACUUGGACUCGAAGUGCGAUUCCUGCGACGACGUUUCCAUGCACAGCUCGAAGAGCAACGAGCUCUCCAACCUGCUCAGCAUAUUCAAGGUGCCUUUCGAAACGAAGAAAGCCAAGAAAUCCGCCAGGCUUUCGUGCCACGAGCACGCCGACAAGCGAAACUUCAACUACAAGCUCAACUCCAAGUACAUGUUGAAGGCGAACUACAGCUGCGAGGAGCUGAAUACGUUGGAGAAUAAUUUCAACAUCGGGGACAAAUUGGGGUACGGGAGCUUGCAGAACCUGACCAGCCACGGUGAUGGUAGGAAGAAAAGUAUCAUCAACAGCGAGCCUGAUGUUAGAAUUAACAAAGACGAAGAAUCGUGCGAUGGUCAGAACUUCGUGAAAUGCAUCUAUCCCGAAGGACCUUCGGCCUGGGAAGGGUCCUUCGAGAAACUCCUCGCCGAUCCGCUGGGGCUCCACAUGUUCGCCGAAUUUCUGAAGAAGGAAUUCAGCGCCGAGAACAUAUACUUUUGGAUAUCCUGCGAGCGCUUCAAGGCGCUGACGUCGGAGAACGACCGGCGCAACGAGGCGCAGCGCAUCUACAGGCAACACCUGAGCGCCGGCGCGUCGGAGGCGGUGAACGUGGACGCGCCCGCCCGACAGGGCGUCGAAAGACACCUGCAGGGCGCCGGCGUCGAUCUGUUGCAGCAGGCCCAAAAGCAAAUAUUCAAUUUGAUGAAGUUCGACAGCUAUCCGAGGUUCAUCAAAUCGGAUAUAUUUAGACGGUGCUUGAACGGCGAGACGGACAAAGUGGAGUUGGAUGUUAGGUUGUUAGUACAAACAGCAUUGUCGCCGACGAAGCUCAAGAAAUCCGUCAGCAACGCUGAGGAUAGACGAAGGAAGUCGUUGUUGCCGUGGCACAGGAAGAACCGAUCGAAAUCGAAGGAUAGAGGCGAGAUCGAGUAUACGAAAAAGGACAAUGACAGCGUGGAUUUUUCUAAAAACGGCGAUACCGAUACGAUUCACUCGAGCGGCUCGUCGUUGACUUCUCUCGAUCUUGCCAUUCCUUCGCAGGAUCUCAUUAAACAGAGCAAAGACACCAUCGCAGAAGUCGCGAGAACGUCCCUUUGUAGGGUAUUUUUAAGCAGCGGCAGUACCACUGUAGUACAAAUAAAAUCGUCGGAGACCAUACAAGAGCUCGUCACUAGAUUACUAGAGAAACGAGGCUUAAAUUAUUCAUCGUUCGAGGUGUAUACCGAUAAGCAUUUGAAAAGUUUAAACGUAGAGGAUCCUUCGAUAUCGCUGGCCGGUUGCGAGGUGAUCGUCGAACAAAGGGUCGUGUUCAGGCUCGAUUUACCCAAUAGAAAAAUGAUUAGUAUUAGAUCCAAGUACACGAAGAUCAUCAGCGACGUCUUGAGGCCCAGCUUGUACAAAUACCAGUAUAACUUGGAUCAAAUGGUGAUUUUGAACGGAAACGUUGCCGUUGACGUGAACAAUCCAGUGACGGCGAUAGACGGUAUGAGGUUGAAAGUGCAAUACAAAGACGAUGUCAAGCAAGGAAACGUAAAUUCCUCCACGUCUAGGAUAAUAACUAAUAAAAUAAAAUUAGAAGAAAUCACGAAUAAAGUGUUUGAAGGGAUUUUGCAAGAAAAAUCGUCCGAAUCGUCCGUAAACCAGCCGCAGAAAUCCGAUAAAGAAUCCGUUAAGAGCGAAGAUUGGUGUUCGGAACACUCAUCCACGUUCAUGGGGAAAUUCUUGAAGAGAGAGUGCAGCACGCAGGAGAAAAAGAAGAAAAUCCAAGCCAAAUACAAAGCGGCCGUGGCCGAAAUAACGCGCGACAUCGUCACGAAGAAACCUCUCAUCGCCAAAAUGACCACGGGCGCCAAUAAAUUCAACUUCUCUUGUAGCGAAAGCGAAGAACUAGUAGAAGGCCUGACGAGAGCCCAGCGUCGCAUCGAAGACCAACGCGGCACCGAAAUCAACUUCGAAAUGCCGGAUUUUUUGAAAAACAAGGAAAACGACCAACAGCACAGGCCGAACGACCAGCCGGCGGAGAGCAACGCGAAAUUCUACCUGGGCGAGAAUUCCGCACCGGCGAAUAUCGACAAGUCGCCGGUCAUAUCGUCGGCGAAGAACAUGAAAUUGGAGUUGCAAUCGAACUACGAGAACCGCACGGUGACGGUGCCGCCGCCGCCGCCGCCGCUCGGCAAAGAGGCGAAGCCGUCCAGAUCGAACGAGACCAAUGGUGUCGCGGAACAGGUGAGAUUGAGUUCGAUGGAUAAGAGAAUCGGCUCGGAGCCGCCGCCGUUGCCGCCGAAACCUAAGGUGGUUCCUAUCAAACCGCCUAAUUGGGGGCAUUUUACCGGGUUUUAUAAGAAGGACGUGUCCAGUUCGGAUGGUAAAAGUCAGACUAUGUUUUUGGAGCAAACUACUAGCAGUUUUGUUUAGCGGUUUCUUCCGAUGUGAAAUGCAUUAGUGUGAUCAAAUUUGCUGCAUCUUUUAAUGUAUUAUAUUGUCUUAAAGAAGUAUGAAGGGGUAAUUGUUGAAACUCUUUUAACUUUAAUGUGAAUAUUUUUUAUUGGAAUUUUUUACGUUAAAAGAUGAGUUUUUUUUUCACAUUAAUUACUCACCGUGUAUAUAUUCUAAUUUGUAUUACUUCUUAAAAGACAAUGCUUCAAAAUAAACAAGAUCUGAUUUUCUUACAUAUUUUCCGAGGUACCGGGUGUUUCAAUACAGGGUUUUCCACGGUAGCCGUGCAUUACAAUUUUGCUUGAAAAUAUUUUAGAAAAACUAUGAACAUUAAUUAAAUCUUACUCAUAAAAUUUCAGAUUUGUUACUCUUCAGAAACUCCGAAAAGUUCUAAUGCACUGCUACUGUCGAAAACUUUGUAUAUUAUUAACAAAACAUCCUGUAUGAGUGUAAAAAUUCUGAAAAUUUUUUGCGGGAAAUUACAGAAAAAGAUUUUUUUUUCGGAUUAUACCUGCUAUUUAAAUCGUAAUUCAUAUGAGUAGCGAUUUGCUAUACAUUUUUUUAUUUUUGUUUAGCUUUAAAUUUUUUAUUGAAAAAGUAUUAUAUU